AUGGCUGCCGCAGCAUUCCGACCGAUGUUUGCAGCAGCACGCGAAGAGGCGGCGGUCAUCGCAUCCGAGGCGUCCAUGGCCGCGCGCAACGCUCUGGGAACAGAGGCCAAGUCAGCCGCACGUGAAGCGGAGCACGAAAUACUCAGUCCCGUCGCGAUCCGCGAGGCUGCCGAGGCGAACGCGAAGCGCAACAUUGACAUGGCUGAGCAUCACAACGUCUUCCGAAACUUCUCCCAUGCCAAGGUCCGCCCUGGAACAGGGCCAUGCACACCAACACUCACCACGUCUACCACCUCCACUUCAACCUUGCUCUCUGAAGCAUCCUCCGCCUUGGCGGAGCACAAUGCCGCCCACGAGCUCAGCCAGUCGGCUCUCCGCAAAACCAAUGUCGGUCACUUGAUGGAGUCCGACCUUGGUGUUACUGUUCGCGAGGCAAUGACAAACGGAGCCGAGUCCGGGAUACAGGACGUUGCAGAGCAGGCUGCAGAACGAGCCAAGACUGCUCUCAACGGCAACCUCCCGCUCGAUAGGAGGUUCCCAAAGGCAUUCACCAACAUGGUACCACCGCAAGCCUAG